AUGAGUGUGCUGCUACAGUUGCUGUUGCUCCCUCUAUUGGCGACGGCGUCGCCAGCCAUCGACCUCUCUCCGCCUGGGAACGAUGUCUGUCUCGACGAGUCCUCCAUCCGGUCUGUGGCGGCGAACCUCAACGCUAAUGCACCUGCCACCGGCUCCGACGUCUCCGAGAAGAAGGAUCUCCCGGUCUUCUUCUUCCACGGGCUCACGGGCAACAGCGGGGAAGUGCCGAUGGUUAUCGCUGCGGUGCACGAGGUGGUGGCAAGCGAUCAACGCUUCGCCGAUAUCUACAUCUUCAUCGGGCGUUCCCAAGGAGCGAUGAUAGCUCGCGCGGUGAUCGAGCAGAUGGACGACCACAAGGUGCACACGUACGUGAGCCUGGCAGGAGGAGUGAACGGCAUUUUCUACGGCCCUCAAGAGGCCGACCGCAACUCGAUCCACGACUUAGGAGCGGGCUUUGGCGCAGCCGUCCUGCCGCAAAAUCUGUUUGACUUUACGGGGUACACACCCGAGGGCUACAGAGGGAAGAUGCAAGCCGACUUUGCACGUCGAUGUAUGGACCCCAAGCUCCAGGCCACCUACUCCUACACGAACUUAGGACGAAUUCCAGUGCGUGACGUCUGGCUGGCGACUAACGAGUUCCUACCCAUGAUCAACAACGUGAAUAUUUGCGCGUGGUUUGAUUUCCACUGCCACUUGGAGAAGAUUCGCCGCAAAAACAACUUUCUGAGACUGAAGGAGGCGCAUUUCUUCGCUUCUCCGGACGAUGGCGCGGCGUCACCAUGGCAAAUGGGUCUGCUUGAACACUACAGCGAGGUUGAGACACUGGAAGAACUUGAGACUAGGUUCGAGAGCCUCACGAUCGUAGAGAUGCGUGAUACAGUCGAGUACAAGGACGACACGUACGGCUUGCGCACGCUGGAUGAAAGGGGAGCGUUGUUCCGCUACCCGGUCCCCGGGGUUCCGCACUGCUGUUGGUUGUAUGACACCCCCAAGUUUCACGAGGAGGGCUUGUGUAAGUUCCAUCCUGUUUUUGACGAGUACGUGUACAAGGUGCUUCGGUAG